GGUGGCCAUAAAAAAAUAAUAAUAAUAAUAAAAUCUGCAAACAUGUGGUCUUUUUUCUUUUGUUGUCAUCUGCAAAAAAUUAUCUUCUUUUAAUCAUAGUUAAUCUUCUCAGCUGCUCUGCCACGAUUAUUUGGUGGAUCUGUAUUUUUUUCCUCCAAAUUUCCCAUUUGAAAUUUUCUUUAUGUGCUUGUUUUGAUGAGUGUUGAGGGCUGUGUCCAUUAGUGUUUUUCUAGUCUUGUUUGGUUCAAAUUCUUAAGACCCUUCUUCUGAAUCCAAAUUUCGUAACUUUUUGUGCAUUUUAUUACUCAUUAUCACAUCACUUUUGAGUUAUUGGCUUAUCCUGGCCAAAAGAAUUUGUUCUUUAUAUGGGCACUGGCUUUGCUUUGAUCCCCUUGAAUGGUUCUUGGAGUCAAAAUUUCUUAUUUUUCUCAUCGAAACCUCAUAUAUUGGGUAUGACCAUAAAUUAUUGUUCGAAAUUCUGAAAUUCUGCUAGGAAUUGCGUCGAACAGUAAGAGUAAAUUUGUGAAUUUCUUGUUUCAAUGCCUCCCACACAUUUCCCUUUGAGAUGGGAGAGUACUGGAGAUCAAUGGUGGUUUGCAUCUCCUAUUGAUUGGGCUGCUGCUAAUGGGCAUUAUGAUUUAGUCAGGGAGCUUCUUCACCUUGACACAAAUCUGCUCAUUAAACUGAGCUCUUUACGCAGAAUUCGUCGCCUUGAAUCCGUGUGGGACGAUGAAGAACAGUUUGACGAUAUAUCCAAAUGCCGGUCCCAAGUUGCGCAAAAGCUCCUCCAAGAAUGCCAGACCAAGAAAGGACACAAUUCCCUGAUCAGGGCUGGCUAUGGUGGUUGGCUUUUGUACACUGCUGCAUCAGCUGGGGAUGUGAUUUUUGUUAAAGAAUUGUUGGAUAAAGACCCCCUUUUAGUAUUUGGAGAGGGGGAAUAUGGUGUUACUGACAUAUUUUACGCAGCUGCUAGAAGCAAGAAUUCCGAGGUUUUUAGGCUGAUGUUGGAUUAUGCGAUCUUGAGAACUCAUAACGGUAGCUCUAAAGCGGAAAAUGAGGAGGUUUCUUCGGCUUUCAAGAGGGAAAUGGUUAAUAGAGCUGUCCAUGCUGCAGCUAGAGGAGGGAACUUGGAGAUUUUGAGAGAACUUCUCAAGGAAGAAUCUGAUGUCUUGAGUUAUAGAGAUGGCCUGGGAUCCAUAGUAUUACAUACAGCGUCUGGCAGAGGACAGGUUCAGGUAGUUAAACAUUUAUUAUCGUCCUUUGACAUCAUCAACACCACAGACAAUCAAGGUAACACAGCAUUAAAUGUGGCAGCUUACCGUGGUCACCUAGAAGUAGUUAAGGUCCUUGUAUCAGCGUCUCCUUCAUGCGCUUCCCUAACUAACAAUUUUGGAGAUACUUUUCUGCACAUGGCAGUGGCUGGCUUCCGAACCCCUGGAUUCCGAAGAUUGGACCGACAGAUAGAGCUCAUGAAGCAAUUGGUUAGUGGAAAAAUUGUAAAUAUCGAAGAUAUUAUCAAUGUUACAAACAGUGACGGUCGAACUGCCCUUCACAUGGCCGUGAUUGCAAACAUUCAAUCUGACGUUGUGGAACUUCUUAUGUCAGUGCGUUAUAUAAAUUUAAAUACCCGUGAUGCAGAUGGAAAUACUCCACUGGAUCUCCUCAAGCAAAGACCAAAAUCGGCUUCUUCUGAGAUUUUAAUGAGGCGGCUGAUUUCAGCUGGAGGAAUCUCUAGUUGUCAAGAUCAAAUUACCAGAAGUGUUCUUGCUUCCCAUCUGAGGAUGCAGGGGAUUGGAGGCAGUCCGGGAACUUCUUUCAGAAUCCCGGAUACAGAGAUAUUUUUGUAUUCUGGAAUGGGGAAUGCAUCUGAUGUUAGUGGUGAUUUAACAAGCGGGUAUGCUUCGUGCUCGGGUGAUCUAAAUCGCUUUGAUUCGCCUGCUGGGUCGAGCUCAACUAGUAAGAAGAAGUCAGAUUCAGUUAAUAAUGUUGCUAGGCGUCUGAAGAUUCUUCUUCGUUGGCCGGGGAAGAAAGAAAGGAAAACAGGUAUCACGGAGUUGGACGAUGAUAAUUCUGUAGAAUCAUACAGAAUCUUCAAGUUUCAAAACAGCCCAGUUCCACUUAGGCAAAAGUUUUCAAGAAUAUCAUCCCUGCCGAACAACAAAAGAGUACUUGACCAAAGGGGUAACCUUCCGAGUCCAUCCACAAAAGAUAAAUUUGCUGCAGAGUUAUCACAUGGUGUUAUGCAAAUGAUGCCACAGUCAUACUUUGGAUCACCUUCCACUCCUUUUUCCGAAUCAUCUUGGUCGUCUGCUGUAUCUGCCAAUAAAGAGAAGGACAUGGAUCUCGACGCUGCUGGUGUGGGACUCUCCAGUGUGAAUCAAUCCCCAAAAAUUCAGAAGACGAAAAUGAAGCACAGACCCUCCUUCAACACGAGGUUGAUGAAUCACUACUUAUGUUUUGGUGCUCAUGGCCUUGAUGUGGAUAAUCUGAAUCAUAAAAAGCUAGCGGUGCAAUGAAUUAUCUCUGUAUGUUUCAUAAAUUUUCUAUAAAUUUCGGACAUAUCCCACGAUCUGUAAAAAAAUUUCCCACUGUUUAUGUUUACUAGUCAAAGUUGAACGUGUAUUGUACAUUAUUCUAAAAUGCUUUAUAAGUAAAGUAAAAAUAA